CCCGGUGGGCGGGGCUCCAGGGCGGCGGGACCUGCCAUUGGUGGCUUUGAAGGCUCAGCGGGCGCGAAUAGCUGUAAGAAGUGAGGCGGCCGGCGAUGUGAACGUGCCAAAGAAAUGGAUGAAAUUGUUGCCGAGUUUAUCAAAAGGACCAUCUUGAAAAUCCCAAUGGCUGAAAUGAUAACAAUCCUGAAAGCCUGGGAUUUUUUGUCUGAAAAUCAACUGCAGACUAUAAACUUCCGGAAGAGAAAGGAAUCUCUUGUUCAUGACUUGGUUAUGCUUUGUGAGGAGAAGCAUGCGAGUGUCAAUGAUGCUGCCCUUUUAGACAUUAUUUAUACUCAAUUUCAUCAGCACCAGAAAGUUUGGGAUGUUUUUCAGAUGACUAAAGAACCAGGUGAAGAUAUUGACCUUUUUGAUAUGAAACAAUUCAAAAGUUCAUUUAAGAAAAUUCUUCAGAGAGCCUUAAAAAACGUAUCAGUCACCUUCAGGGACGCUGAGGAGAAUGCAGUAUGGAUUCGAAUUGCCUGGGGAACACAGUAUAAAAAGCCAAACCAGUACAAACCUACUUACGUGGUGUACUAUUCCCAGACUCCGUAUGCCUUCAUUUCUUCUUCCAGGCUGAGGAGCAGCAUUCCCCUUCUGGGUCAGGCACUGACAGUUGCUAGCAAACACCAUCGGAUUGUGAAAAUGGACUUCAGAAGCCGAUAUCUGGACUCUCUUAAGGCUAUUGUUUUUAAACAGUAUAAUCAGACUUUUGAAACUCACAACGCCUCUACACCUCUACAAGAAAGAAACCUUGGGCUAGAUAUAAACAUGGAUUCAAGGAUCAUUCAUGAAAACAUAAUAGAAAAAGACAGAGUACAAAGAGUGACUCAAGAAAUUUUCGGAGACUAUCCUCAACCAAGACUAGAAUUUGCACAAUAUAAGCUUGAAACGAAAUUCAAAAGUGACUUAAAUAGGGGCAUCUUGGCUGAAAGAAAAGAACCUCUCCGGUGCCUAGUAAAGUUCUCUAGCCCGAAUCUUCUGGAAGCAUUGAAAUCCUUAGCACCAGCAGGUAUUGCAGAUGCACCACUUUCUCCAUUGCUCACUUGCAUACCCCAAAAGAGAAUGAAUUAUUUUAAAAUUAAAGAUAAAUAAAACAUACAUGGUUUAUAAGCAUCACAUCUCCCUGACUAUAUUGCAUACACAUUUCACUUCAUGGAUAGCUGUUUUAGACAUGAACCCUUAAUAUUGACAAUUUUAAAAUGUUCAAUAUAAUUGUUGGGAAUGAUUAUUUCCUCUUCCAUUGUGUGCUCCCUCUUCCUCGUGUCCUGCAAAGCAUAGCAGUUGUGGGUCUUUAAGUGUCAGGAUGUCCUUUUUCUCACACCUGUCUCUCUUCUGUCCUAGAGAGGUCUGGUUCCAAUU